CUUCAAACUGUUCAAUCUUCAUGGCUUCAUUCGCUCUCCCUCUAAGAAGAUAAAUUAAUCACUUAAUUAAAUUCAAAAUCAAACUGAUACUAUAAUAAAAAUCAUAAUCACAUUUGAUUCAUCCUGUAACCUCCAUUGAUCAAGCUUGAAGCUUUUCAUUUUCCCAAAAAUGGGGAAAUUCUCUGUUCUCAUUUACAUAUCAAUCUUUUCCCUUCUUCUACUCCUAAUAUCUCAAACUCCAACAACCGUCCCCCGCCACCGCCGCCUCCGCCUCCGUUCCAACUUCACCUUCAAUCCCCCUCUCCACCGCCAACAACACGACCACUACAUCUCCUUCGACCCUCUCAUCUCUGACAUUGAGCUUCGCCGUGAGGACGACGAAUGGCAGAAGCAGUCGCUCGAAAAUCUCGCCGCCCAUGAUUCUCAUCCUGAGUGGGAAGAGUUCAUCAACGAUGAGGACAGGUUUAAUGUCACCGAAAGAUUGUUUUUUAUUUUUCCCAAAAUUGAUGUGGAUCCUUCCGAUGGGUUUGUGUCUGCGGAGGAAUUGACUCGCUGGAACUUGCAGCAAGCCAUGAAUGAAGCUUUGCAUCGGACUGAAAGGGAAUUUCAAUCUCAUGAUGAAAAUCGUGAUGGGUUUGUUUCCUUUGCUGAGUAUGAACCCCCCAGUUGGGUUCUUGCUGCCGGUAACAGUUCUUUUGGUUAUGAUAUUGGCUGGUGGAAUGAGGAGCAUUUCAAUGCAUCAGAUGCAGAUGGGGAUGGAGUUUUGGAUCUAAAUGAAUUUAAUGACUUCUUGCAUCCCGCUGACAGCAAGAGCCCAAAGCUGCUUCUAUGGUUAUGUGCAGAUGUAGUAAGGGAAAGAGAUAACGACAAAGAUGGAAAGCUUAAUUUCAGUGAGUUUUUCCCUAAAAUUUUAGACUUAAUAAGAAGAGUGGAUGAAGAUUACAAUUCAUCAAAUUGGGAGGACGAAGAACCGGAGGCACUGGCAAGAAAGAUGUUCUUGGAGCUCGACAAAGACUCUGAUGGGUUCCUUUCAACAUCUGAACUGUUGCCUAUAAUUGGAAAAAUCCAUCCAUCAGAGGCUUAUUAUGCAAAACAACAAGCAGAAUACAUCAUCUCUCAGGCAGAUAGUGAUGAUGAUGGGCUCCUAACCUUGAACGAUAUGAUCGAGAACCCAUUUGUGUUCUAUAGCUCUGUUUUCAGUGAAGACGAGAUGGAUUAUUAUCCGUACCACGAUGAGUUUCGUUAGAUGGAUACAGUUAAGAUUAUGGGAGAAAACAUUGAUCUUUACAAAAUAUUAGUUAGAGCCUAGAGGUGAUUUGCUUACUUGUUUGUAGCUUAUUUAGUUUUAUUUUGGCCCUAGUUUAGAGUCGGUUUUAAUUUGUUGAGUCAUGUUUGAUUAUCAUUUGGUUUUUAAAAAUUAAGUCUAUUUCUUUUGAUCGGUCAAUAGAGGUAUUUGUGGUGUUUCUAAGCUUAAUUUUCAAAAACUAAAAACCAAAUGACUAUCCUACGAGGCUUCCUUUAGUUUUGUUUUUAGACUUAGUUUUCAUGUGUUGGAAAGGCAUUUAUCCAUUUUUUUUUCUCAUUUUAGUUUUUUUUUUCCAUUCAUUUGGGAAUAUAUUGUAGAUAUUUAAAGAGGUUGAACAAAAUUUGAUUUUAUUAAAGUAAUUGCUUCUCAAUUAUUUA